GUCAUCGGGAUGUGGAAGAGCGUGCGACGGUGGAAUCGACGAAAAUGUGUACAGAACCAACAAAGUCAUGUGAUCGCCCGUAUAAUUGAACAGUAGCCAGUUGCCAGGCAGGGAAAUACACCGUUAGCUGUUGAAUGUGAUUGAGGAUUGAGUGAUAACUCAAAGCAUUUCUUUGUUGUUGCUUCAGUUUUACAGUUUAUUAGCGCCGCGGCUUUCAUUUCUUUUAUUCGCUCGCUGUUGAUAAUGAAAAUGUGUUGUGAUGCGUAGGAGUUAUAGCCAAUAUUUCAGCCAAACGCUGUUCUCCUUUUUGUUUGCUUACUUUGUGUUGGCGCUGUUGCUAACGUGUGGAAAUGCUUCAGUUGAUUUUGUAUCCGCGUAUACGCCCGAUUUUAUUCAUGGUGAAUGAAGCGGUCGCGAUCACACAACGAGAGAGAGAGAGAGAGAGAGAGAGAGAGAGAGGAGAGACAUGCACAUUAUUUAUGUGAAAAAUUCCCAUAUCCUAGCGGAUUGUCAAACAACAACGCAUAAAGUCCACCGACCGAGUAGCGAGUGAAACAAAAAGGAGAAAAAUACAAUGUUUUCGAAAGCAAACCAGAAGCGAAAUCAUCAUAUAUGCACAGCAGAAAAGGCAAUAAAACAUAAAAUAACCAUCGCAAAAGCACCGCCAUCAUUGAAAUCCAUUUAGAUUUUUUGGGCGAAAACAACAAGCACGGCUCUUUCGUCUUGUUCUAUUUUCGUCCAAUAACAAAAUGAAAAAACGACGAAAAUGACGAGACUCAAUAACAAAACAAGACAAAACAAGACAAAAGGCAUACAAAAAAAUAGCUGAAUGUAUGAUUUGCCAUGCCAUUUACGUAACAGCCAAACAAUUUAAAUGACACCACAAAUACUGUAUUGUAUAUGGUAUAUGUAUAUCAUUCAAUGGCGUUUGGCCCGCCGAAAAAUGGAAAUUGGAAAUGCGAAUUUUGUUCUUUGGGUUCUUUUCACAUACAAAACACACACACACACACACGAAGCAAGCGAAUAACGAUAAAAUCUAUAAAGUUUAUUGCUCGAUCGAAAUGAGCGUGGCCGAGGACUGCGUGUGAUGCGAAAAUGUAUUAUAAAAUACACAUGAAAAUGGCAGUGCGAGGCAGUGAAACGAGACCGGUAAUCAUUUACAGUCAGUAUUCGUUGGUGUGCAAUAAAUUCGAUUGUGCCAUAAAGGAAACGAAAGCCACUGCCAAAACACUAAAACCGAUGCCGAAGCGCGAGUUCUAGCCAGCUCUUGUCCGCAUCGCACAAACAACAACAACCACCACCACCACUACCGCCAUCGCUACCGAUGAGAAAUAUAAGACGACGAAAUUCUUUGCUUGAUUUCAAUGAGCAGACAACAAGAACCUCUGAUUGAAUGGUGAAAAACAGAGGGAGACACCACAUCCACUGAAGUAGCUUCAGGCAACAAAAAAUCGUUUCGUUUGCGUUGAACACAAGUGAGUGCCAGCAAAAAUGAGGCAGAUUAAUGUAUCGGUGGUCGGUAUGUCCGGUACCGAAAAGGACAAAGGUCAAAUUGGAGUUGGCAAAUCGUGUUUAUGCAAUCGAUUCGUGCGACCGUUAACCGAUGACUAUUUCAUCGAUCACAUAUCCGUUCUAAGUCAGUCCGAUUUCAGUGGUCGCAUUGUAAACAAUGAUCAUUUUUUGUACUGGGGCGAUGUACGUAAACAGUCAGAUGAUGGCACCGAUUAUAACUUCCAUGUUGUUGAACAGACGGAAUUCGUUGACGAUGCCACAUUCCAACCGUUCAAAGUUGGAAAAAUGGAAUCAUACAUCAAACGUUGCACGGCAACAAAAAUUGUAUCUGCGGAAAAACUGAUGUACAUUUGCAAAAAUCAAUUAGGCAUUGAAAAAGAGUACGAAGAACGUUGCAUUCCCGAUGGACGACUGUCGAUUGACGGUUUCAUUUGUGUGUUUGACGUCAGCCCGGUGCCGAAUCGAUCGAUUGAAAAGCAAGUGGAGUAUGUGCAGCAAAUCAUUAAUUUUUGUAUGAAAAAUAAAAAGCCCAUUGUGCUGGUGACAACGAAAAACGACGAAGCCAACGAGCAAUUUGUGCGAGAAGCGGAGAAAAUUUGCCAACGCAAGGAAUACAAAGGAAAUGUGUUUCUCGUUGAAACGUCAUCGCAUGAGGCGAUCAAUGUUGACAUGGCAUUUUUACUCCUCGCUCAAAUCAUUGACAAAGUGAAAAUGCGCACGAAAAUCCUCAGUUACAACGAAGCGUCACGGUCACGAAAAGAAUUGCUGGAUUGCAGCACGGAAGCGGUCAGCCGACUGAUUCGUAGCCAAAUUAGUGAUUACCACACGACAUGGAAUCAAGCAUCGAAAAUGCUUGCCAUUCACAAAGAUUGGCAAGAGUUUUUGGAAUUGUUCGGUCAGGAGGCGGGUCAACGGAUUUUCCGAAGACAUGUGAAAAAAUUGCGCGAAGAUAAUGUGUCGCGUCGUCUGCAGGCCUACAUGAUCAAUUUCAAUAGUGUUUUACACGAAUUUCUACCCGAUUUGCAAACAGUCAAUCGAGAAAUAAGCGGUGCCGAUUGGAAUAUCGUUCGGCCGUAUAUCAAAGGUCAUACCGAAUACGAUCAAUACUUUUUCGAAUGCGAACAAGCACCAUGGAUGGAUCUGAGCGAUGUGAGCGAUUGUGAAGACGAAACCCGAAUUCCAUUUGAUGUACUCGAGACACCGGAAGCCGAAACCGUAUUCAAAAAUCAUUUGAACGCAUUACAACAGGAACAAAAGCGAUUAGAAUGGAAGAAGCAGUUCAAGAAACUUUUAGAAGAGGCUGGCUACGUUACGCCCGGAAAACAAUUAGCCGAAGUGCGCGUAUUGUUCAUGGGUCGUGAAUGCUUUGAGGCGCUAUCCGAACACGAUUGCCAGCAAAUCUACGAUAAUCAUCAAAAGGAAAUUAUCGAAAGAGCAAAGCAUAACUUUCAAGAACUUCUACUUGAGAACGCCGAUCUAUUCUAUCACUUCAAAAGCAUCGAACCAUCUGGAACGAUAACACAGGACGACAUCAAAGAAAUUACUGAUGUGCUACAAGACGACUCGCGAUACAAAAUUCUUGACCGAUUGGAUCAAGAUCGGAAAUUAAUGCUAUUUCAACAUCUUGGAUUCAUCCACGUUCCACUCCGAGAGCAUUGCCCGGCAUUUCCAAACUGCGUCGAUGCCAUGGUCGAGCGUAUCAUUAGCGCCAAAAAAUCACAAAGCUUAUCAAGAAAUCACUGGAAGCAGUCGUCGUCGUUUCCGCCCAGCGAUUGUACACUGAAUGUAUUGGUUCUCGGUGCCGAACAAUUAGCUAGCGAUAUAAUUAAUGAAAUUUGUUUGAAUUGCGGCGACGAUGGCGAAUACAUUUACGAUGGCCAACCAUACUAUUUGCAUACGCGCAUCAUCAAUGGCAGCGACCACGAGACAUUUAAAAAUAUCGAUUUCCGCACAAGCGGAUUAAUUUGCGUGUACUCAAAUCAGCAUACGGUGGAAUACUUGAAGGAUAAUUUGGAGCGUAGCCUGUUGUUUAAUUUAGAAAUGGAAGACAAAUUCGAGUGCAUACCGUUGGUUUUGGUCUAUCAACCGGAAGAUCAAAAGGAUGACAACGAAAUUGAAAUUUUGCGCAGCGAAGGACAACACUUGGCCGAAAUGUUGCACUGCACAUUCAUCGAUACGUCGUUGAAUUUCUACCAUCAUCGUAAAUCACAGCAUCAGAAUUACAUUUACAAUAUUUUGAAUAACAUUAUUGAAUGCAUUCGGCUGACCGAACAUCAAAAACCGGACGAUUUGUAUCAAUUUUGUGAUGCGCAGCCAGACAUUCGAAUCAUUGUGUGUAUGUUUUGCGGUGAUCCAUUUUCCGUUGAAAGCAUCCUUAGUCCGAUACUAUCCGAGCCAACGAGUACGAUGUCAAGCGAACGUAGUGUGAUAUUUGAAACAUUUAUGGGUGAUACUAAGCGAAAAAUCGAAGUGAUUUUCUCGUCAUAUCAUGGCGCGAAUGCGUUCCGCGACGAACUGGUGCACGGUUUCAUACUGUUGUACUCAACGAAACGACGGGCCUCGUUAGCGACAUUGAAUGCAUUCUCAAUGAAUAUUCCAAACUUGCCGAUGCAACUGAUUGCCAUCACGGACAACGGCGGAGCGAAUGCAUUUUUCAACAAUGAACUAUGUCAGAUGUUAAUUACGGAAGGGAACAGUGUUGCUGAGAAAUUGCGCGCGCAUUUUAUGACAUCAGCUGGAGGAAAUCAGUUGAAAUUUACAUUUUAUACACCGUUUUUACAAGAGGUCUGGGAGAAGAAACCAGAAAUCGAACAAGCUUUUCACAUGGAAGAGCCAGUCACAUUGGACUCGGGCGAAGGUACGCUUGAGCAUUCGACACAUCACCGGCCACAACCGCCACCACGUCACGAAAGCUACUUGCUUAAAAAUGCAGAUGGCUCAGGCAGCGAAAAUUACGAGCAUCUACCCACGCGGUCGCUUAAUUCGCUCAACGGAGGCGAUGAUAACAACAUCAAUUUCAAUUUAAAUGAUAAUAACGAGAAGUAUCCGCAUUUGUACAUGCUCGGUGAAAAGGAUAUGGGCAUCGACGAUUCCUACAUGAACGAUGACGAUAAAGAUGAUAAAUCUCGACUUAUUCACCAAGGUUGGCUGGAUGAUGCUCAGUAUAAUGACAAACGCGGCGGUGUCGGCAUUAGCGGAAUCGCUGGUUUGGGUAGCAGCUCAGGCGAAAAAGAAGGCCGACGAAACAUUCUGUGGAACAAUUUCAGUUCGCAUCAUGCAUUCACAACCGGUCGUCACCCACGCCAAAGUGACACGAAUUUCGGAAAUAAAGUUCGACCGAAAGGACCUAGUCAAACACUUAAGCAACCGGGCAAAUUGAACUUGAAAAAUUUUGCCAUUGUCAAUGACGCACUGGCUCGCAUGAAUGUCAACAGUGAUAACAACAUGCAAGAAGACGAUUCGGAUGAUUUGGCGGAAUAUGCACAAGUCAAAGAUGUGUACGGUUUGGAUGGUGUGGUUGGUUCCACCGGGCCCGAUCCAACUAUCUUCAAUUUUACCCAUGACGGCACCUCAUCAACAUCCAAAUCCAACAGUAAGACGAGACAUCGACGUGAUAAAGGACCAAAAUAUUCCGAAUCAGACAGUGAAUCAAGCUCAUCGGAGCAGAAAAAUCGUGGCGGACUGGAUGGCUACUAUAAAAUGAAUCGCAAGGCUCAAACACACAAACGAAUGCGAAAGAAGCGAACAGCAAUACCGGUUCAACCGCCAAAAGUACCGUUUGGCACUUAUGUGUGUCCACCAGAAAUACCGAUGCUGUAUCAGAAAAUGAAAACCGAAACCAAGAAAAUGAGCACAUUGGAAAAAGGUAAAAUGUACGGCGAUGUACAAGAAGAGGAGUCGAGCAUAGACGUCUCAUCGCCACGUGACAAUAACUCACCAAUCUUCGGUGUUGUGCCAAAGCUGAAGGACAAUGAUCGCGAAAAAUUGCUGGAACGUAAGCGUGAAAAGCAAAAAUUGGCGGCCAGCAAGGAGGAGGAGAAAUUGGAAAAACGCAGAGCCAAAGAUGAAGCAGCCAAAUUGAGAAAGCUCAUCGAUAAGGAAAAGGAAUUGGAGAAGAAAAUGAAACGCAAAUCGAAACCAAAUGGCAAAAAUAUGGUCGAAGGUGCUGCACUCUCUGACUUUUUGCAAUCGGAAAAGAAUCUCAUUCCAUUAUUUAUGGAAAAAUGCGUCGAAUUUAUCGAACAAGAAGGCUUAGACUCAGAGGGUAUUUAUCGAGUGCCUGGUAAUCGUGCACAUGUCGAAUUAUUGUACCAAAAACUGCAAGAAGAACCAAAUGCUGACAUUGAAGUAUUGGAUAUUCCUGUGAAUGCAGUUGCAACCGCAUUGAAAGAUUUCUUCUCAAAGCAUCUGCCAUCUCUGUUUGAAAAGGAUGUGAUGAAGGAGCUCGAAGAGAUUGCAGCUAAUAUCAUUGAACCAUUUCCAGCUUCGAUUCUAUCACGAAAUGGAGCGCCAUCAAAUCUAAAUAUGGAAGUGAAAACCGACCGGAGUUGUCGUUUGUUGGCACUACGAGGCCUACUCAACAAGCUACCACCAAUCAAUUUCUCAAUUUUGAAAUACAUUUUCCAACAUUUCGUGCGGGUGUCGGAGAAUUCGAAGCUCAACAGUAUGGACAGCAAGAAUUUGGCGAUUUGCUGGUGGCCAACGUUGAUUCCAAUCCAUUUCACCGAUAUGAUGCACUUCGAACAGUUGCGACCGUAUCUGGAGGACAUCGUACAAACAAUGAUCGAUCAAUAUCCAUUUUUAUUCUGUGGUAAAGAAGCCUUUGUCAUGGUUUAGGCGAUUUAGUAUACCAAUUUUGAAUGAAUUAUGAACAUAACCAUUUAUUCAAAUGUAAUUGUGUCCGUUUUUAUUUAUUUGUUAUUUAGAUAAAAUGGAAAAAGAAAUGAAAAUGCAUCGAUAUUGAAGAAAAUAAA